AUGGCUAUCACAAAGCUCGCCGGACCUGUUGGCCACCACGACAGCGACGAUGACUAUGACGAGGGGUUGCACCACCCGCAGCCUCAACAACCAGCAGAGCUCAUUGUGCCGCAGCCAAUUCCAGUUCCCGUGAAUCAGUCGACCAUCUCCAAUGUCUCGACUGCCGCCGUUGAUAUCGAAGCCUGGACCGUCGCUGCCCUCGAGUCCUUGAGGAUCGCCGACAAUGCGCGCAGCGCAGGCCCGACCGAUCCCGCUUUGAAGCUGCGCAAUGUGGUGUUUGACGAUGGCGACGAUACAUAUGCCGCAAAUGUCACGCCGCCGCGCCGACCUCCUUCGCGCCGGGACAGCAUGAAGAGGCGCGAGGCUGUGUUGAAGGGCAAGGAAGGUAGCAGGCAGCGACGGCGUUGGGAGAAUGACCGUCUUGUUGGAGUUCCCAACGUACAACCGCCGCUGCCUUCGGACUGGGCAGUCGGACCGACGUAUCCCAUCCACGAUAACAUGCCGUACCACCUCGCGCAGUACUGGGACAAGGGGCUGCGCGAGCGCGUCGAGGAGCGCAAGGCCGCCUUUGCCGUGCAUCGCAAAAAGACCGUUACUGCCACCAGCCACCAGCCGGGUGGCCACACCACGGCUGUUUCCUUGGUGGUCUCGUCGUCUGUUGCCAAGACGCGCGCAGACGUGGGAAAGGUCCCCAAGGAUUUGCGCGCAACGGCCAAGAAGACGCCUGCCGUCAAGGCCUGGCUCCGUGUGUUGGAGGAGCCGGUGAGGGAGUUUGUUGUUCAGCAGCAACGCGGACAGAAUGCGGCGGCCAAGAAGGAGCAGCAGCAGCAAAAGGCUCGGGACAGUGGAAACCAGAGUGAUGAGCUCGGGUCGGAUGAGGAAGAAAUCCUCUUUACUGGGCGGAAGACGUCUGCGGCUGCGGCUGCCGGUGGUAAACCGCCGGUCAAGAAUACAUCGUUGGACAAGGGCACAGAGAAGGGUAUCCAACUGCUGCCCGACACGAGGAUGGUGCUUGAUACUCUUGGGGACGACGAAAGCGGAGCCUCCUUUAAGCGUUGGCUCACGCACUCCAUCUCGGACUAUUAUGGGCUGGACUCCAAGUCGGUUACGGUCGGAAAUCCAGCGAGGAGGGUGGUGUAUAUCGGUCUGAAGCAGGUCGGCAAUGGUCCUAAGAGGCGGGCUGCACCUACAAGGCAGAUGCUGAUACCACCACCUUUGUGGGAAAUGUUUUGA